AUGGCAAUACUAGACUUAAACAAGCUACCAGAAGAGAGAAGAGAGGAGGUGCCAGAUCUGAACAAGAAUCCUGCUGAACAUGGACAUGAAAAGGAUCAUGGUCCCUGGGAAGAUGUAGUUGCUGCAGUUCAAGUUGGGGGAGCUGACCACUUUGAUGUCCAUCCCGCUGAGAAUGAUGAAGAAGAACAAAUUCGUCAAGGUGACAAUGCUGGCCAUCCAUUUGUUGCAAAUGAUCCACAUGAAGAAGACCCAGAAAACCUACAUGCAGGUGGUUCCCUCAGGUUGAAGUCAUCUUUGCAACAAUAA